UGACCAAGUUGCUUAGUCGCGUGCGGGCGUGUUGUCGAGCCGGAAAAUGCGCGCGUAAACUGAUAAAAAGAAAGAAAGAAAGAAGGAAAAAAAAAAGUAGCAUAUAAUUACAAUUGAGGGGAAUAUAAAGUGCACAAAAACUGAGCAAAUCAAACGUAGUGGAGCCAGCCGCCAUGCUGGCCCAGAGCAAUGUGUUUUUGAAGCAGGUGGCGGUGCGUGCGGCUGUUGUCGUUAAACGUUCUUGGCGUCGGCGGUGCCAGGAGCCGUUACCCGGCCGGGCCAUAAUCGUUAUUCAAAUGUGGCAAGGGUGAAUGAUACGAAAUGCAAUAACAAUAACUGCGACAGUGAAAUAAAUACAAGUGAAAGCGAUUCAAGAACAAACUGACAGCACCAAACACCAACAACAACAGCAACAACACGCAGCAACAGCAACAGCAACAAUCAAGCAACAACACCAAUUAGCAGCUUGCCAACAGCACCACCACCAGCGAGCGGUCAUGUUAGCAGCCAGCCCGAGCCGCCGCACCAGCAGAGUCAAGCGAACACGUACUGAAACUAUUGGAGCAGCAGCAGCGAGAUGGUAUUGAGCACCGAAUGGUCGCAGGUGGAGGUUAUUGAUCUGAUCAACGAUGGCAACGGGCUGGGCUUCAUUCUGGUGGGCGGUCGCAGCACGGGCGUUGUCAUUAAAGCGCUGACGCCGGGGGGCGUGGCCGAGCGGGAUCAACGACUGCAGCUGGGCGAUCAUCUGCUGCAGAUUGGCGAUGUGAAUCUGCGCGGCUUCAGCUCGGAGCAAGUGGCCACAGUUCUUCGUCAGACCGGAGCUCAGGUGCGUCUGAUUGUGGCUCGGCCCGUGGAGCCGACGGCCAUCGAUUACAAUACGCUGGCCAGUCAUGCGCCCAUUAUACCAACUAAGCUCCUCUCCGACCCGGAAGAACUGUCGCGGCAUCUCUUUCAGAAUCCGAGCUUGGCCACGGCGACGACACCCCUGGAUGUGGGCAGUCUGGUUGGCCUGGUCACGGGCGCCCCAGCUGGCGAUACGGCUGACCAGGGCAAUGUGCCGCUGCCACUGUCACUGCCCCUGCCCCUGCCCCACUCACAGUCCCACACCCAGUCACAAUCACAGUCACAAUGCCAACCCCAAUCCCUGCCUCUGUCCCUAUCACUGCCCCUGCCCCCGACCAUGCCCUCCAUGCCCUCCAUGCCCGCCAUGGCCCCAGCGCCCGACACUGAGCUGGCCGAUCUGCCGCUGCCGCCGAUACCCGCCAAUCUGGCCAGCAGCAGCAGCUCCUGCCUGCAGGAUCCCGACAUAGUGCCCUACUCCAUACUGUCGCCACCUCCGACGACAGCGCUGCUCACGGCGCGACAGUCGCUGCAAUUGCCGCUGGGUCAGUGCUGGCAGACUGAGGACGACGACGACGAGGAUGAGGCGCAGCAGCAGGUGGGUGGGGAGGAUGGGGAAGGAGGUGGGCAGCGGGCGCAGCAUGUGGAUGGCACUGUGAUAGCCGGCAAAGGGCCGGCAAAUGACGGCGACUGCUGCUCCGUGGACUCCGAGUCGCCCUCCACAUACGUGGACUCGCCCGAAACGGAAACGUACGUCGUGGUGCUGCACAAGAACGUCUACGGGCUGGGCAUCACCGUGGCCGGCUACGUCUGCGAGGAGGAGGAUCUGUCCGGCAUCUUUGUGAAGAGCAUCAUCGAGGGCAGCGCCGCCGAGAUGAGCCGCCAAAUUCAGAUCAACGAUCGCAUCGUCGCCGUCGACGGCCGCACCUUGGCCGGCGUGACCAAUCAUCAGGCUGUGGAGCUGCUGCGCAACACGGACAUUGAGGUGCAUCUGACGCUGGAGCGUUUUCUGCGCGGCCGCAAGUUUGAGCAUCUGCAGGUGGCCCUCACCGAGAUGAAGGUGGGCGGCGGCAGCGCCAAUGCCAACGAUGGCGAUGCCCAGUCCCAGCUGUCGAUGCCCGCCUCGCCCUCGAUAGCGACGCUCAGCUGGCUGCCGCCGAAAUCGGCCGACGCGGACUCCAUUGUCACCGAUGCCGGCGAUGGCCAGCUGCUGCCCGACUUUCCCGAGCUGCCCUCGCGGGACACCGUCGACUCGAACAUGUCGCACAUGCUGGACCGCAGCGACCACAGUGCUCCGCCGCUCACCAAUGGCACUGGCAGCGGCUUGGGCCUUGGACUGGGUGGGCAUGGCCACGAUCACGACAGCGGCAACGACACCGACGAGCAGUGUCCAGAGCCGGAGUCUGAAUUGAAGCUGCCACAGCCGCCGCAGCCGCAGACGCAGCCGCAGACGCAGCCGCAGACGCAGCCGCAGCCCCUGCCACAGUUCAAGUCAAAGUCAGAGACUGAGUCGAUAGCAGCGGCAGCCGUCGGCGAGCCGGAGCAUGGCAAGACGCCCACCAAUGAGCCGGAUGUGCCAGCGUUUAAGGGCACUGACACGGCCACGCCCGCCAAAGUGUCCAGCCCCAGCGCCGCCUCGCUGCGGGUGGCCUGGAAAAGUCUAGGGAUCAGCCUCGAGGGCACCGUCGACGUCGAGUGCGGCAUUGAGAAGCGUCCGCAUCAUUACAUACGCUCAAUACUCGAGGACGGUCCCGUCGGCAAACAGGGCAUACUGCGGCCGGGCGACGAGCUGCUCCAGGUGAACGAGCACAAGCUCCAGGGCCUGCGUCACAUCGACGUGGUCAAGAUACUGAAGGAGCUGCCGGCCAGCGUGAAACUGGUCUGUGCUCGCGGCACGCGCGCUCCCUCGAUAAUCAACACCUCCCAGAAUCCGGAGGCCUUCGAGACGCGCAGCCUGCUGCCCGGCGGCCAUCAAAGUCUUCAGAAUCUGCUGAGCAAGGCGCAGUCGGAGAGCUCCCUCUACACGUCGAGCACGGCAACGCUGACAGAAUCAGCGACGGCAGCUGGAGCUGCAGCUGCCACCGCCGCCGGCGCCGCCGGAGCGACAGUGCAGCGCUCCAAGUCGCUGGACAACAUGUCCGGUCUGGCGCUGUGGAGCAGCGACGUGACAGUGGUGCACAUUGAAAAGUCAGAGCAGGGCUUCGGUUUCUCCAUACUCGACUAUCAGGAUCCCCUCGAUGCGGAGGGCAGUGUGAUUGUGAUACGUGGUCUGAUACGCGGUGGUGCUGCGGAGGCAACCAACGAGAUCUUUCCGGGCGAUCGUCUAAUCAGCGUCGGCGAGCACUCGCUCCAAGGCCUCGAGCUGGACGAGGCGGUGGCCAUACUGAAGGCCAUGCCACCGGGUCGAACGCGUCUCGGCAUUUGCCGACCCCUCUCCACCUCGGACAGCAACAGCAACAGCAACAUUGCCUCGCCGAUCGCCGACUCGGCGAGCAGCACAUAGUGCCAGGCGGAACUACAAUCUCAGCGACAGCUCAUGAUGCAUUAUAUUUUUACCCUCAUAUUGGCCAGUUAAAUGUGAUGCAGCCAAGGCCCAAAUAAAACCCCGAAAAACAAAACCCAAAACCAGCUGCAGUAUAAAUCAGCGGAACUGAGCAUGCGACAAUUUGUACAUAGAUGACCCAUGACCCAUGGCAUACAUAUAUUGUGCGAAUACAUAUGAAUAGUAUCUAGUUAUAUACAAACAAACACAGAGAGAGACCCACAUAACGUAGCUAUAACUAAUUGGUUCGACGGCGCUGACGUGUUAUUGAUCCACAGCAAACGUGGUAUAAAUAAAUAACUAGAUAGUUCUGCA